AUGUGCCUGUCAGUUCUUUCGCUCGUUUACUUUGUCAUUUUAAUAUGGAUUGAUGAUUUCGCUUCCGCUGCCGGAUAUGUAGUUUAUUGUCCGUGCAUGGGUAGAUUUGGUAAUCAAAUGGAGCAUUUUCUCGGUAUGUUGGAAUUCGCGAAAGCCCUUAAUAGAACUUUAGUCUUGCCUCCAUUCGUUGAAUACCAUCCGGAAAAAAUGCAAGCCGUCAUGGUUGAUUUUGAUAAAUACUUUCUGGUUGAACCGUUACGUCAUUUUCAUGAAAUGAUUGUUAUGCGUGAAUUUAUCAAGAAAAUCGCACCAAAUGUUUGGCCACUGAAUGAAAGGAAAGCAUUUUGUUGGCAACCGCGUCAGAGUAUCUAUGAUAGAAGGAAAUCACCCGGUUGUCACGCCAAAGAGGGAAAUCCAUUUGGUCCAUUUUGGGAUUAUUCGAAUAUAAGUUUUAUUGGCGAUGUUUAUUACGCUUCAGAUUUUUCUGAAGCGCAUUCUAUUAACUCUGUCAGCGUUCGAAAGAAGUGGAAUGAAAGAUUCCCAACUAGUCGAUAUCCAGUUUUAUCGUUCAUUUCGGCUCCGGCAACAUUUCCAGCACGAGCGGAUCAUCACCAUUUGCAGCGAUAUCUUCGUUGGUCAGAUGCAGUUUUGACAGAAGCUAAUAAAUAUAUAGCAGAAUCACUUGAAAGACCAUUUAUUGGUAUUCAUUUGCGGAAUGACGUUGACUGGGAAAAUUUAUGUCAAAUGGUACACAAAAAUGAAAAUGAAAAAUUAUUUGGCUCAGCAGUUUGUACUGGUGGCAGCGGUAAAUUGACUGCAGAGAUGUGUCUGCCUUCUUUGGAAACAGUUAUCAAAAAUGUUAAUAAAGAAGCAUCAAAAUUGAAAGUACGAUCAGUAUUCGUAUCAAGUGAUCGAAAUCACUACAUCGAUGAAUUAAGACAAGAACUGGCUCCUUUACAGAUUGAUGUAAAAUGUCGUUAUCCCGAAAAUUUACAUGUAAAUUUGGCGAUUCUUUCAACAGCAGAUCAUUUUAUUGGCAACUGUGUAUCCACUUUGAGCGCAUUUAUAUAUCGGCAGAGGAAGUACGCAUCAAGCAUUUCCAGACCUUCAUCGUUUUUUGCUCAGAAUCAUUUUAUAGAAAAUAAAGACGAACUGUAG